AUUGUACAGAUGACAACUGAGAUAACAGAUGUUGAGGAUGCAGGAACAUGGAGAGGUAAUAUAGAGAAAAUCUUUAUUGACAUCAUGGUAAAUGAAGUUAAUAAAGGUAACAUGGAUAGUGGUACAUUUAGUAUCAACACAUGGAGAAUGAUCUUACUUGAGGUCAAUAGUCAAGGGAAAAGAAAUUUCAACUUGAAGCAGCUUAAACAAAAGUUUAAUAGACUACGUGCAAUGCACCGUGAGUUCUCUGAUCUUUUAAAGCAUACUGGAUUUGGCUGGGAUGCUGAAACUAACACAGUGCAUGCUCUAGAGGAAACCUGGCAAAAUUACAUUCGGGCACACCCAAAUGCAAAAAGAUUCCGCUCAAAGGGAUGCCCAAACUACAACUUGCUGGGAUUGAUCUUUAAUCCAUCAACUGCAACCGGUGCCCUCCACUACUCUUCCACCCAAGAUCCACCAAACACUGAUGAUGAGGAUGAGAUGGAUGACAAUUUGGAACAUGGUGGAGUGCAUGUGGAUGUAGAUACUGAGAUCCCUGAUGAUUUUCCACAACCAGAGAUGGUAGGAGGAGUGACUACCCGUUCUGGAAAGCGUGUAACUAAUUCUCUAUUAGAGUAUAGAGGUAAGAAAGAAUCCAGAUUAAGUCAAAUGGAAGAUGCUUUGAAAGCUUGGGUUGAGGCAUCAAAGGCUAGAACAGAAACAUCUUGAGCUAGAAUUGAGGCAUUAUUGGCUAGAGUGGACAGAUAUAAGAGUGGAACUAGUAGUGAAGCUACUAGUGGAGGUACCACUGAUUUUAGCAUAACAAGGUGCAUGGCAGCCUUACAAACCAUUGAAUUGUUGGAUAAUGACAAAUAUUUAAAAGCUGUUGAGAAAUUCACAAUGCCGGAGUGGAGAGAGAUAUUUAUAAAUAUGCCUGAUGAGAGG